AUGGUCUCCGAUCACAACCCAAGUGUCCGAUCUUUAGACUCCGCGCCAGACUAUGUUGAAUAUCUACUAUCCAGAGACGCUUCCACAACCACGCUGAUUCAACUGUACACCUCCAUUGUGUCAACUGCACCAGGAGCUGAACAGCCAUCUUCACCACAAAAUGGCCACCAUGGGGACAGCCAUAAAUGCUCUCAUCGCCGUCUGUUCAAUACCAUAGGGUCGAUUGCCCGCGCCAAAAGACUCACGUUAGCAUUUUGCCCGAGUCUUGAGCAUUUUCGUGCUCAUAUAUCUGUUUUCCGAUGUCCGCAGCUUCUGUUACCUCAGCAAGAAUGCAGUCAUCUCUCAUACCGAAAGAGACCUGUGCUGGCUGUCCUUGGUCUCGUUUCACUCCAUUACGAUACAAGUCAGUUCUCUGCACAGGGCAUUGCGAAGAACCUUGCGCUCGCUGUUGAGAUUGCCGCUAGGGAAAAGGUUGAUUUGAGCUUGUGCGAGUGCGUUGCUGUUGGCCGUGAAGGUGCCAGUGGUAGCAGCCUGUGGGAUGCUGAUGUACCUCUGCUAAGUGGACAAACACUGGCGACCGGGACUGGGGGAAAUAAUGUUGAUUUGGGGCGGACUGUGAAAGUGAAACAGGUUGCGAAAAGGUGGUUUUACUUUGUUUGA